ACAACGACUUUCAUUGUUUUUAUGCGUGUUAUGUAUGAGUUAUUUCGUAGCUUGGGUUAGUUGAAAGAGAUAAAAAGUGAAGUUACAUUUUUUUCUUCACCCGGAUUCCAAGGGUUGCGUUGAAAGCGCCAGGUUUCGCAGGGGGAACCUCUCCACCGAGCGUUGGCUUUUCACACGGAACUUGUGCACAGCCGGACCGUAAACCCCCGCUGGCCGUUUCCUCCGUGGAAUUCCAGCCGAGAGAACAUUUUCGGGGCGCAAUAUAGCGUUUCAAUGAGUCGGACGUCGUUUUACGUGAAUGAAUAAACCAUCGCCGUCAUGGACAGGGGACGCCUGACCGGACUGGGCGGGGUGCUGUGCUCCUUGUCGCUGCUUUGCGUCAUCCUGGACGGCGUCCUGGGGGCCACUCGCGGCGAGAUGGAGCAUCACUUAGAGAUGGGCCGCAAACUUUUGGCAGCCGGUCAGCUGGCUGAAGCCUUGUCCCACUACCACACUGCUGUGGAGAUGGAUUCAAAGAACUAUUUGACCUACUACAAACGCGCCGCCGUCUUCCUGGCCAUGGGCAAGUCACGCUCUGCACUCCCCGACCUGACCAGGGCCAUCCAACUCAAGCCCGACUUCCUUGCCGCCCGGCUGCAAAGGGGCAGCAUCCUUUUGAAACAAGGCAACGCGCAGGAGGCCCGUGACGACUUUGAAGCAGUGCUCCGUUCCUCUCCGGAGUCCGCGGACGCACGGGAGCGGCUGGCGAGAGCCCGAGACUUGGAGGAACUGCAGGAGAACGCUCAGGUGGCGUACUACCGGGCCGACUACGUCGCCGCCGUCUCGGCGCUGGACCAAGUCAUCGAGAUCUCGCCGUGGGAUCCGGAGAUGCGGGAGCUCCGCGCCGACUGCCACCUCCGCGCCGGGGACCCGCAGAAGGCCAUCCAGGACCUGGCACCCGCCACCCGCCUGCGCAGCGACAACCGUGCCGCCUUCCUCAAACUCAGCCUGCUGCACUACAGCCUGGGGGAGCACCGCGAGUCUCUCAACCAAGUCCGAGAGUGUCUGAAGCUGGACCAGGAUGACAAGGAGUGCCUGGGCCACUACAAGCAGGUGAAGAAGCUCAGCAAGCAGCUGGACUCGGCCGAAGAGCUCAUCCAGGCGGAAAGGUACCGUGACGCCAUUGAAAAGUACGAGUUUGUGAUGAAGGCCGAGCCCCACGUGGUGUACUACGCCAACCUGGCCAGGGAAAGAAUCUGCUUCUGUCUCGUCAAGGUCAAGGCGGCCACGGAGGCCAUCAAGGUGUGCUCCGAGGCGCACCAGCGGGACCCUCGCAACGCCAGGAUCCUGCGUGACCGCGCCGAGGCCUUCAUCCUCAACCAGGACUACGAGAACGCCGUGGAGGACUACCAGGAGGCGGUGGAGUUUGACGGCGACUGCGACGACAUCCGAGAAGGGCUGGAGCGAGCGCGGAAGCUGCUCAAGAUCUCGCGCAAGAGGGACUACUACAAAAUCCUCGGCGUGAGCCGGUACGCCCGUACAAGCAGCCGUUUUGGAUGUUGUCACUUAGAACAGGGCGGCCAACAAGCAGGAGAUCAUCAAGGCCUACAGGAAGCUGGCGCAGCAGUGGCACCCCGACAACUUCCAGUUGGAGGCCGACAAGAAGGAAGCGGAGAAGAAGUUCAUCGACAUCGCUUCGGCCAAAGAGGUCCUCACCGACCCAGAAAUGAGGCAGAAGUUUGACGCGGGCGAGGAUCCGUUGGACCCGGAGAACCAGCAGCAGCAGGGCAACGGGCACAACGGGCACGCCUGGCCUUUCCCCUUCAACCCGUUCGAGUCGGGAGGCAGCUUCCACUUCAAGUUCCAGUAAACUUCGCGACUGCCUGCAGCGUCACAGAGAGGACAAAAAUGUCUGACUGACGACACACACAAAAAAAAAAACUGCAAAGGCAAUUUUUGCAACUUUUUUUUUUUUUUGCACAUUUGGUCAAAGACUGAUGUUAAUAAUGGUCUAAAAUGGACUGAGUUCUGGGAGACAAACAUUUUGUUAUGUCCUUUCAAAAUCUGCACUUUUGUUUUGAGAAGCAAACAAAGGCUCUUCAAUUGAAAUUCCGUUGCCAAGCCAAAAGUGUCUUAAUCACGUGACUGACGCUUCCCAGUGCAGCGGUACCUCGAAAUAGAAGUUUGAAUUUUUUCCCGUGACUGAGCUCAGAAUUUUAUUUUGUCUCAUCUCAAAUUGCGAGUGAGACGCGGGGUGCCGACCCGGUUCUGCUAUUUACAAUGUAAUUUAUUUAUUGAGUUGUCUUUUUUUUUUUUUUGGUGCUCUUUUCUGUUGCCAAUCUGAUGCGGUGGGUCAGUUCAACUGGGUUGAAGUUAUCCCAAAACAAAACAAAAAUGCAACUGUUUCUGACAGAAAAAAAAUAAUAAUAAUUGUUGGACGCAGCGUGCACCCUGGACUGGACCAAUAGUUGUCUUGCUGUAUAUUCCAGUACAAAACUGUUUGAAUCAUGAUGAUGCAGUAGGUUUUUGGUUUUAAAACUGUAAUAUGACAAUGGGGAACCAUUUCAGGAGUGUGGGAAUAACACAAGUUACUGACUCUGUCAAGAGAAUAAAGCUUUAUUAACUCAAA